GCGCAAUCUUGCUGAAACUAAACAUGUGUUAGUCGCGAAUGACGUGAGUGCGCAACUAUUCGUAUGUAUUCGCAUCAGUGAUGAUAAGUGGUGAUGACAGUAGACGACGAUUCGCUUUGCUCGCAUUAUAAUAAUUGUUAAAAUUCAAAUCGUCUCAAUUAUUUUUUCAAAAUUUCAUAUUAUACGAGCUGUAAUAUUGGUGCGACAUAUAAACAAAUCGAAUAAAAGAAUAAUUUCAAUGGUAACAAUAAGCAGCAGGUCAGUCGUGAAAGUGUUGAGUCUCUGAAAUAGCGCACAAGCAAAACAUGGAAGUGCUGGAUCCUAGUGUUUCAAGAGACGAUCAACCUUUGUGCAUCAACGACCAUUUAGACAAAGAAAGAGUAUUGUUUGGAAACAAAGGAACAAUAGGACUGUAUACACACGCUGUCAGCUGUCAAACUUUCAACUGAAUUAUAUUAAUUGAAAGCAAUUUUGACUCGCUUUUUUAUUUAUAAAAAUUUACUUUACCAGAUAUACCAUCAGAUACAAAAUCAUGCAUAAAGGCAAGGUAUACGUUCGGAUUUUUAGGAUUCUUAGGAUUUGCUCUUGUGUAUGCAAUGAGGGUAAACUUAUCUGUAGCUAUUGUAUCAAUGGUAAAUCAAACAGCUAUACCGCAUGAUGAUGAUAAUGACACCACUGAUGUAUGCCGUAAUGAAAAACCAAUUAAUGGAACAUUUAUACCAAGCGCAGGGGAAUUUAAUUGGGACGAACGGACGCAAGGUGUUAUAUUGGGUGCAUUUUUCCUUGGCUAUGUUAUUACAAACGUCCCAGGUGGUAGAAUGGCAGAGAAAUUUGGUGGAAAGCUAAUAUUUGGAUUAGGAGUAUUUCUGACUGCUGUACUGACUGUCAUCAGUCCUUUCGCAGCGUACGCAGGAUUGGUACCAUUUUUGGCCGUACGAGUAGCGGAAGGAUUCACAGAGGGUGUUACGUUCCCUGCGAUGCAUAGUAUGUUAGCGCUUUGGGUACCUCCUUUAGAGAGAAGCAAAUUUGCUGCGAUAGUAUACGCAGGUGCAAAUUUUGGCACCGUUAUAUCAUUACCGGUGAGUGGAUGGUUCUGUUCGUUAGAACUUUGGGGAGGAUGGCCACUAGCAUUUUAUUUGUUUGGAGGACUCGGCAUCGUCUGGUACGCAUUUUGGUUCAUUUUUGUAUUCGACUCACCUGCGCAACACACAAAAAUCGACCCCCUUGAAAGAGCAUUUAUCGAGGCUAGCGUGGAAAAGAAAGACGAGGAUAACGAUUCAGGAGUUCCGUGGUUAUCAGUAUUCACGUCGUUACCUAUGUGGGCUAUAGCGAUAACACAAUGCGGACAGUCAUGGGCAUUUUACACCCUUCUGACCGAAUUACCAACCUACAUGGAUAAAAUUUUGCAUUUCGACGUACAACAAGAUGCAUUUCUUUCAGCACUGCCUUAUUUGAGUUCUUGGUUAGUCGGCCUUGGUAUUUCAAGUUUCGCAGAUGCCCUUCUUGCCCGCCAGCUUAUAUCUCCCUUAGCGUCGUUUAAGUUAUGGAACACAGUGGCUUCGUUAGGACCGAGUCUCAGUUUUAUCGGUGCUAUCUGGGCUGAAUGUGAUCGCAUGACCGUCAUGAUGAUGCUCGCUGGACUAGGAUCUCUCCAAGGAGCGGUUUAUGCAGGCAACCAAAUGAACCAUAUCGCUUUAGCGCCCCGAUACGCGGGAACUCUUUAUGGGCUUACGAAUGCAGCGUCAAAUGCUUGCGGCUUCUUAGCACCAUAUGUUAUUGGAAGAUUAGUUCAAGGACAUGAAACGCUGGCUCGUUGGCACGCAGUGUUCUGGUUGGCAGCGGCUAUAAAUAUGGGUACCAACUGUUUUUAUCUGAUAUUCGCGUCUGCUACUGAACAACCGUGGAGCAAAGGUAGCAGUUGAUGACAAAAUUUAGUUAGACGCGAAGUAUUUAACAUGGAGAGUAAUUUACCCGUAGACCGAGUUGCUCUCAGUUCGUUUUAAUUUUAUUUAUUCAGACAUUUUUUGUCACUUUGGCACAAAUUUUCUUUUUUGAAUGGGUUAGACUACUUAUCGAUUAAGAAGUCUCAACCUAGUUAAGUUUUCUUUGCAUCAGUAUUUGCUACUAUAUUAGUUUAUUUAGUUCAAUUAUUGAACUUUGUAACAUUCCAAAGAAAUUGUUGGCAUGACAAUAUGGGUUUUAAUUGCUUCAUCAUGUUUUACUUUUUUGACGACCAAGUCGAAAGAAAUUUUAAUACUUAAUAUAUUUUAAUCUCUCUAUGAAAAAGUGCAAACUAUUACAAAUAUUUUUUGUAUUUAUGUACGAGGAAUACUAAAAGUUCUCUAUUCUCGUUUAUAUGUAAGAGUUUUAUCUGUACAUAGAAGCAAUCAUUUAAAAAUGAUUGACAUAAGAUACAUAUUUUUGUUUGACAAUAACAAAAAGUGAUAAACACGCACAGUUCUUGUGCGAUCAAAUCGUCAUGCAGGAUAUAAAUUUUAUGUUCAUUACAAUAGCUAAUAUUAGAUGUACAGUAUCGAGCAAGACGACAUGUACUGUGCUUGGUACUGUACACUUUUAAAAUGCCAAGGGUAAUGACACAAAUUUCUUAGAGAAACUGAAAAGAAUGGCGCGUAUCAUGAGAUUCUUAGAUAUCGGAUAAGAUUGUUACCUUUUACGUACUGGGAAUUAUCUGAUAAUUUAGAAACACAAUUUAAUAUUGUGAUUAUUGCGUACAACUUGCAUAGUAGAAAAUAAUUUGGAACAAAAGAGACUCUUUAUGACAUGCUGUUCUUUAUACCUUAACAACUAAAUAUUGUUGCUUAUAAAUGACCGUACUUUUUUUCUCAAUAAAAGUUUACUAAUUAUUCAUUA